UGGCCAUGUUUGAAAAUCUUCUAUCUCUUUCCCACGCAGGCUGUGAAGUUUUUGUUUUUGUGUUUUUUCUCAGAAUUUCCACUAAUUUUCCAAGUGAAUCAUGUCAGGAUUCAGUGGAGCCCUCCAGCUGACUGAUCUGGAUGACUUUAUAACACCGUCUCAGGAAUGCAUAAAACCCGUGCAGAUUGAGAGCAAGAAGAGCCAGACGGGAUCUAAGAUCAAAAUACAGGAAGAUGGAGCAUACUAUGUGGACUCAGAAAUUGGCCUCCAGAAGCUCCAAAAGGUGGAGAUUACUUUGUCCGAUUGCCUGGCAUGCUCUGGGUGCAUCACAUCAGCUGAGAGUGUCCUGAUCACGCAACAGAGCCAGGAAGAACUCCUUCGAGUACUCAGUGAAAAUGAGGACAAGAGAAAAUCUGGGCAGGAGACCAAGCUCAUUGUCUUUACGGUAUCACAACAGCCAAUCCUCUCCCUCGCGAAGAAAUACAAUCUCUCCGUUACCGAAUGCACUUCCCGCCUGGCAGGAUACUUCAAAUCUCUGGGAGCUGACAUGGUUCUCAGCACAAAGAUUGCCGAUGAUCUCGCCCUGAUCGAAUGCCGGGAUGAAUUCCUGGCACGAUACCUGGCAGAGAGGAGUGGGGAGAAGCACAAAAAUCUCCCCAUGCUGUCAUCCUCCUGUCCAGGAUGGGUUUGCUAUGCAGAGAAAACGCAUGGGAAUUUUAUCCUGCCCUACAUCUCCACCACGAGAUCCCCCCAGCAGAUCAUGGGGAUACUGGUCAAGGAGGGCCUGGCGGAAAAGGAAAAAGUGCCCAGGGACAGGAUCUACCAUGUGACUGUGAUGCCGUGCUAUGAUAAAAAACUGGAGGCUUCCCGCGGGGAUUUCUUCGAUGAAGUGUCCCAAUCCAGAGAAGUCGACUGUGUAAUAACAUCCAUUGAAAUUGAGCAAAUGCUUCUGAAAGACGGGAAAUCAUUGAGUGACAUUGAGGGUAGGGCUUUUGACUGGCCCUGGCCCCUACCUGAGCCCCAUACUCAAAUCUGGGCCAAUGAGACAUCAGGAUCUGGAGGAUACUGUGAGCACAUCUUCAAGUACGCUGUGAAACAGCUUUUCAAUGAAUCCAUUGAGAAGCUGGAAUUCAAGAGUUUGAGAAAUCCCGACUUCCGGGAGAUAUCCUUUGAACGUGGAGGUGAAACCAUUCGUUUUGCCAUUGCCAAUGGCUUCAGAAAUAUCCAGAAUUUGGUGCAGAAGCUGAAAAGGGGGAAGUCUAUUUAUCAUUUUGUGGAGAUAAUGGCUUGUCCAUCUGGGUGCUUGAAUGGAGGGGCUCAAGUGAGGCCAGAACAGGGAGUGUCCACGAGAGAAUUGUGUGGGAGUCUGGAGAAAUUGUACAGUGAUCUGCCACAGUCGAAUCCGGAUGAUUUUGAGGGGCAAAAGAGGAUUUACAAUGUCUUCUUUGGGGGAUAUCAAAGCGAUAAGGCUUCAGCUAAACUUCAUACAAAAUAUCAUGCUGUGGAGAAGAUGAAUACAGCUUUGAACAUAAAAUGGUAAAAAGGAAUUCUUGUGGGGGAUGCAGAUGAAACCAAAAGUAAUAAAAAAGAUGUUAAUUUCCUUUUUUGAAGAGAAAAAUGCAUUUGUGAGAAACAA